AUGGCCAAACCAGUCGCUAUUCAUUACGAAGACCCUCAAGUGGCCAAGGCGGACUCGGGCCUCGAAGUUGAGAUCCCACAUGUCCCACUGACGGAGGAGGACAACAAGCGCAUCUGCCGCAAAACCGACCGUACAAUCCUGGUCGUACUGAUUUGGGUCUACUUCCUACAAAUCCUCGACAAAUCGGUCCUUGGUUAUGGUGCGACCUUCGGGUUACGGACGGACACGAACUUGACCGGCAACGAGUACUCCCUGGUCGGUUCCAUCGCGCCAAUCGCCCAGCUGGCAUGGCAGCCAUUCUCCUCGUAUUUGAUUGUGAAGGUGCCGCACAAAAUUCUGAUGCCGACCCUAUGCUUGGGAUGGGGCAUUGCUCAGGCAUGCAUGGCCGCUUGUCACAACUUCCAGGAAUUGAUGGCAGCUCGCUUCUUCCUUGGCUUGUUCGAGGCAGGAUGCUUGCCCUUGUUUGGAGUCAUUACAAGUCAGUGGUACCGUCGCGCCGAGCAGCCCUUGCGCAUUGCUGCUUGGUAUGGUACGAAUGGAAUUGCGACCAUUGUGGCGGCUGCUCUGUCAUACGGUCUCGCACACAUCAAGUCUGAUCUCUUGAAAUCAUGGCAAAUCAUUUUCCUCUUCGUCGGACUGGUGACUAUUGUAUCAGCUCCCUUUGUGUAUUGGCGUCUUGACAACGACGUGACCACCGCUCGUUUCCUCAACGAAGAAGAGAAGGCACAGGCAAUGGAGCGGCUCCGAGCCAAUCAGACUGGUACAGGAAACACGGAGUUCAAAUUUAGCCAUGUGUUGGAGGCCGCACUUGAGCCAAAGACCUAUCUGUGGAUCGGCAUGGCCAUGCUCCUCAAUAUCGGUGCUAGUGUCACCAACACGUUCGGGCCGUUGAUCAUUGGCGGUCUGGGCUACGACAAGUACACCACUAGUCUCCUGACUAUGCCCUUUGGUGCUCUGCAGACAAUCAUGAUUCUGCUCGCUAGUUACCUGGCUCAGACCGCCCGCCUGAAGGGUGCUAUUCUCGCUCUGUUCAUGCUUCCCGUUGUCGCUGGUCUGGCUAUUUUGUACGCGGUUCCUCGAAACAAUUCCGCACAAGGCGCCUUGCUUGCUGGAUACUAUCUACUGGCCUUCCUGUUCGGUGGUAACCCUCUGGUCGUGACCUGGAUUGUUGGUAACACGGCGGGAAGUACCAAGAAGUCGGUCGCCAUGAGUCUUUACAACGCCGCCUCCUCUGCCGGCAACAUCGUGGGACCUCUCCUCUUCACCUCCAAAGAUGCACCCGAAUAUCAUCCCGGCCUGCGUGCCUGUCUCUCCAUCUUCAGCGUCAUGGCUGCCAUUGUGCUUCUUCAAUGGCUCAACCUGUGGUUCCUCAACAAGCAACAAGCCCGCCGCCGUGUGCGCAAUGGCAAGAGCGCCCAGAUCAUUGAUCACUCUAUGCAGGCCCACUUCCACGGCAUUGAGGAGACUCCUGAAGAGUCCGAGACUGGGCAGCAUGUUGCUCAUGCAGGUGCAAAUGUGGCCGACGAUCUGACUGAUCGACAGAAUGACGAAUUUGUAUAUAUUUACUGA